AUGGACCCCGCCGUCCUGCGCGAGGUCUCCCGCGUCGAUCCUGUGGUUCCUUUCCGCGCAACCACCCAUCAUCUCCAUCAUACUUGGGCGCAGACCUUCUACUCGCGUCCCGAACUUUACGUGCGCCCGCAGUCUAUUGAGGAAAUUCGGAAGCUGGUCAACCUCGCUCGUCAUUGUCGGCGUCGUCUGGUCACCGUGGGGAGUGGCCACUCCCCCUCCGAUCUGACCUGCACCUCUGCCUGGCUGGUAAAUUUGGAUGAUUUUAAUCGGGUGUUGGAGGUUUCGCCGGAGACCGGGGUGGUGACCGUUCAGGCGGGGAUUCGGUUGAGAGACUUGGGCGCACAGCUGGAGAAACAUGGCUUGACUUUGUCGAACUUGGGUAGUAUUGAUAGUCAGUCGGUCGCGGGUGUGAUCUCCACGGGUACCCAUGGAAGUUCUCUCCAGCAUGGCUUGAUCUCCGAGUGUAUCUUAUCGCUGACUCUCAUGCUGGCUAAUGGGCAGCUGGUGCGGUGUAGCGCGACCAGUAACCCGUCGCUGUUCCGGGCUGCGCUGAUUUCUCUGGGGGCACUUGGUAUCAUUGUCGAGGUCACGCUGCAGGCGGAGCCCGCGUUCAAGGUGGCCUGGCGACAGACGCGACGCAAACUGUCGAGUGUGCUGGCCGAAUGGUCAUCCGGGUUGUGGACAUCGCAUGAAUUUGUUCGGGUAUGGUGGAUGCCCUAUGAGAAGAGUGCGGUUGUCUGGCACGCCGACAAAACCGACCUCCCGCUGCGAAACCCGCCCAAGUCCUUUUAUGGGGAGACACUCGGUUACCAUAUCUACCAUAAUUUGCUGGCCCUGGCUAACUAUUUCCCUCGUAUCCUCCCGUGGGUGGAAUGGCUGGUGUUUGGUUUGCAGUAUGGUUUCAAGCCGGAAGCCAUCGUGACGGAGGCGGUCGAACCAGCCCGCUCUGGUCUCCUCAUGAAUUGUCUGUACUCGCAGUUUGUCAACGAAUGGGCACUCCCGCUUGAAAAGGGCCCCGAAGCCAUCACUCGUCUCUCCGCCUGGUUGAAUGGUGAUCUCGAAACAGCGCGUAUCCCUUUUUCCGUCGACGGUCUGUGGGUGCAUUGCCCCAUCGAAGUCAGAGUCGCGGACUCUACCUACAACAAGACACCCCGUCCGUUCCUAGAUCCUACCUCUUCCAGCGGACCGACCCUGUAUCUCAAUGCGACGCUCUAUCGCCCGUACCAUCGGGAUCCCCCCUGCACGGAACGGUAUUACGAGGCAUUUGAGUGGCUUAUGCGCGAAAUGGGCGCAAGGCCGCAUUGGGCUAAGAACUUCCGGACAUCGAGGGAGGAGCUGAAAGAUCUGUAUGGAGAGGAUAUGGUGGAAUGGUUAAAGGUGCGCCAAGAUGUGGAUUCCGACGGCAUGUUCCUUGGUGAAUGGCAUUACCGAAACCUCGCCUUGCCAGGUACUGAGGACGAGUCAGAACCGGCCGUCCUUCCGCUUCUCGAGCGCGAAAAGACUCGCCGGAAGGCAGACGUUCGGGGAUCCGGUGACGGCAUGGAGUGGAUCGGACACAAGCAAUGGCAAGGGAAGCAGGGUCGCCAGGCUGCUACUUUCGUGCCCGCGCUAGGAAACGAGAAGAUCCAAGGGUCAUCAGACGAGAUUAUUCUCAGUCCUCCCACAACAGCAACCAGUGAAGAGAGCUUUGAUCUUCUGGCGGCGGGAGAGGCUAGUGUUGUUCUUCCUGAAUCUGGCAUGUGA